CUGGCGAUGAGAAACGCGAGGACUGUUCAUGUGAGAAACAAGAGCACGGAUCCGACAUCGCCGAUGAUGGCGUCACCUCUGAUGCAUCGGCACACACGGUCAGGGUCGAAUGCAGGGCCAGCAGCGUCGAAUGCGAAGAAAGCUCAGACGAAAGCAGCGGCUCAGAGACUCGCGGCUGUGAUGUCAAACCAAACAGGAGACGAGGAAGACAGUGACGAAGACCUUUCCUUUGACUACAACGCUACAGGAACAGGGAGCAUUGGACUCGCCGCUGGAAGAUCUCAUCCUUCUCGCUCUCCACUGAUUAAGAACCCUAUUGCAAGGCGUCCACAGAUGGCAACUCCACAGUUAGUUGAUGAUCAGGACAAUGAAGACGAUGAUUUCUCAGUGGAUAUCUCAAGCAGCAGACCAAGCAUCGGACUUGCUGGUGGAAGGGGAAUAAGACCUCAGUCUCCUGUCGUGACUAAAAUUGCACCUCCGAGACGUACUCAACCCUCCAAUGAAGAGAGUAAGAAUGAGGAUGAUGAUGAUGAUGUUGUUACAGUAGAUUACACAAUUGGAAGACCGAGUAUUGGGCUUGGAGGUGGGAGGUCAAUGCGGGCACAGCCUUCUAUGGCCAAAACGCAGCCGCAAGGGCGUCCGGUGAUGGCAGUUUCUCAGGCAGUUGAUGAGGAAAACGAAGAUGAUGAGACUCCUUAUAGUGGCAUUCCAAGUGUCGGACUUUCUGGUGGAAGAGCUACACGUUCACGUUCUCCUCUGAACAAAAACCCUCCAUUGAGGCAUCCACAAGGAAUACCUCAGCCACAAGGCAAUGGAGAGAGUGAGGCUGAUUACGAUGAGCCCUACACUAGUGGUAUGCCGAGCAUAGGACUUGCAGGUGGACGGUCAAUGAGACCACGCACUCCUUUGUCAAUUCGUACUAAGGAACAACCUCAGACCGGACUUCCAACUUCAGGUAGCCGUGAGGAUUCCGCAGAGUCUUCAGCUCAGACAACAACCAACCAAGUGGAGCAAUCUCCAUCCUUUCGUACUGCUGCAGUCUCUAGCAAAUCAUCACAGUCUCUCAGUGCAAUGGAUCAGCCUCCAUCAGCGCGUUCAUCUUUCAGUGGUCGUCCCAUAAGGACAGUGCCUUUACUGCCAUCUUCUGUCUCUAUCUCACUCAAACCAGUCACUCCUGCAUUUCAAUCCGACACGCCAACCAAUUUUCGAAAAGAUAAAAGCAGGUUUUCCAUGGAUCUGGGAAGCUCGGGCAACUUAAGAGAGUUAGGCAGUCAACGUUCUGCUUCUGCUUUGCAAGAUGAGGUUGAUAUGCUACAGGAAGAAAAUGAAAGUUUGUUAGAUAAGCUUCGACUUGCAGAAGAUAAAUGUGAAGAAGCAGAUGCAAGAGCUAAGCAACUUGAGAAACAGGUUGAGAUCCUUGGAGAAGGUGUUACUAUGGACGCACGUCUUAUAAGCAGGCAAGCUUCAGUUGUAUGCAACUUUUGGAUGACCUAUGACAAAUUUCUAAUAUUUGGGAAUGUGUUUCUUGCUUCAGGAAGGAGGCAGCUCUGCAACAGAGAGAGAGAACAAUUCUCAUUUCAGGCUGCUUUGAGAGUCGCAUCACAAAAUCAUGGAGGAAGGAGGGAAGAUGUUUCAGCUCUUCAUACAGAAGCUGAGAUUGCUAGGGAGGAGGCAGCAUCUUCUUUAGAGCAGCUUCAUGAAGUUGAAUCAGAGCUAAACUCUCUUAAGACCAUGACCAAAAGAUUGAUAUUGACUCAGGAGGAGAUGGAAGAGGUUGUUCUGAAGAGGUGCUGGCUUUCACGUUAUUGGGGCUUAUGCGUUAGACAUGGAAUCCAGGCAGAUAUUGCACGAGCAAAGCACGAAUACUGGUCAUCAUUUGCACCUCUUCCUCUAGAGAUUGUUCUGUCUGCAGGACAAAGAGCUACGGACGCAGUUUCACGAUCUAACAACAGUUAUGGAGAAAGAGAAAAAUCAUUGCAGAACCUGCAAGAAAUAUCCGGGGAAGGAAAUGUCGAAAGCAUGAUAUGGGUCGAGAAAGGUUUGCGGGAACUGGCUUCACUAAAGGUUCAAGAGGCAGUUGCAUCUGUCAUGGCUCAAAAUAGACGGUCCUCAUCAUCCAAGUUUUUUGUUUCAGAUGAAGUGAAACUGCCAAUGGAUGGACAAUUUGAAGCAUUUGAGUUAAGCGAGGAGGAAGUUGAAGAUGUGAGUUUUAAACAGGCUUGGCUUUCAUAUUUUUGGAGAAGAGCUAAGAACCAUGACAUCGAAUCUGAUCUCGCGGAUGAGCGUCUCCAGUAUUGGAUUAACCAAGGGACUCGUUCUGCCACAUCACAAGACGCUGUUGAUGUUGAAAGAGGAUUAAUGGAGCUGAGGAAGCUGAACAUAGAGUCACAGCUUUGGCAAAAGUCAAGAAAAGGCCUUGACCAUGAAUCCAACCCUUCUUCUCAUCUUGAACUUUCUUUCUAA